AUGGACUGCUUGGCGAAUCCGUGCGUCCACUGCCUUGCACUGCUCGAUCCGGACGAGGCUGCGUCUCUCUCGCUGCUGGGUGCGGAAGAUACGGGGUCAUUUCUCAGCAGUGGUUCCUUCGUGCCUCUCAUUCAUCUUGUGGUUGCAUCAAGUCCUCAUUCGUUGUCGUUGGUCGUCGAUGCAGCAUGUCAGUUCAUGGAAGAAAUUGCAGAAAUUGAGGUCAUCAUCCACCUGAUGUUUCAGGCUCUUGCUUGCUUGUUCACGUACAUGGAGAAGGCGAGAAGCAUUCCCAAGUCGUGCAUCUUGCUCACUUUCGAGGCCUUGCUCUUCUUCAAGGGUUCUGUCUCUUUGUGGAGUCGUGUUCGUCACCUGCUUUAUGAUGUGAAUCUCUUUAUUUUGUCUCUGCGUUUGUCACCAGCUGCUCGCAAGAAAUCCACGGUCGGGGAGAUGGUGAACUUGAUGUCCGUGGAUGCAAAAAGAUUUCUGGACAUUCCAUUCAAUUUGAGCAUGAUUCUCGCGUUACCCAUUCAACUUGGAAUUGCCGGCUAUCUUCUGUGGGCUUACUUAGGUCCCUCCGUCCUGACCGGAAUGGGAGUAAUCCUCAUCGCAAUUCCCUUCCAUGGUGUGAUUGCUUCUCGGCUCCAAAAACUCCAAGUCCAGCAAAUAAGAGAGAAGGACGAACGAGUGAAACUCAUGAAUGAAGUUCUUAACGGCAUCAAGGUGCUGAAGUUGUAUGCUUGGGAACUGCAGUUCCAAGAGCGCAUCAUGAAAUUUCGAGACGGAGAGAUCCAACUACUUCGAAAGCAAGCCUAUGUGGAAUCGAUUGGUUCAUUCCUUCAUAGCUCCAUUCCGUUUUUGGUGCUGAAUCGCUCUACUUCGUGA